AUGAUAAUUGAAUAUAUUAAGUCGAAAGUUCAAGACUCAUGUGGUCUUCUGUUGUACAUUUUGGCAUUCUGCGUGAUAUUUCAUCUAGCCAUUAAUGUGGUCUUGGGAUUUGUUAUAAAGUUUGCAAAAUUACCUAUAAAACAGUUUUCGCUAGGACCUAUUAUUGGUACAUCUCUGCGAUCUUUGAGCAUUGCCACUGAUGGGUUUAAAUUGAAAGUUGGAAAUAUCAGUGUAAAACUUUUUCCAAUACCAUUGAUAACUCUGCAAUCUGUACAAUUAGAAAUAUUAAAGUCUAAAACGCAUGUCAAUAACAUGAGCAAGAUUCCAAUGGUGGAUUCUAAAGAGAAGUUUUUUAUACCUACCUAUAUUAAAUUGAAUGAAACAGCAUUCAAAAUUCUGAAAUGGUUACUACCAGCAAGUAUAUAUUUCAGAUUCAUAACUAUAAAAUUACCAAAUAAUACAACUAUUACAUCUGAUAUUUUAUCUAUUAAAGUUACUAAAUUUACAGAACAUCAUUUGGUGAUGGAAGUUUUUCUAAAUAACGUUCUUGAGAACGAUACUGGGAACACUAUUAAACUGGUUGGGUUUGAGUUACAAUCUAAAAUACAUCAAUCAAAGGUCGACAAAUGUUUCACAGUAAAUGUUAAUGAAUGGAACACUUUUUUGAAGAUAUUUGAUCUUAAUAUAUCGAUACCUGAAACAAUUGUAAAAAAUCUGAUGAAAACCUCAAACCAGACUUCUGCUUUACAUCAGGCAGAAGCUAAAACAGACUUGUCGAGUCUGGAUAUGAAUGAGAUAGGUAAAUUACUGAAAAAAGCAGUUUGCCCAUACAAAGGGUUCUUAAAAACUUUAAAAAUAUUCGACAUUAAAUUCGAAAAUUUAACAUUUUCCUAUAAAGAUAAGGUUUCAUUGGCUAUUUCUAGUUCUCAAGUUUAUUUGGAAUCAGUUUUAAAUUCAAAUUAUGGUGCAACUCUGGAGUCAAUACCAAUAACAGGGCAUACAUUGGGUGAUUAUGAAUUUUCAUUUUCUGCAACCGCCAUAAGUUUGAAAGUUAAUAGAAUUACCUCAUUGAGACUUCCUCUGAUUAACAUAGUUAUAACAACUGAUAUCAUGCUAUUUUUAUUUGAAGACAUUCCUUUAUGUCAUACAAAGGUUGCAUAUAAUACUAAUUUUAUUAAUCCAUCAAUUUUCUUAAGUGUGGAUCAAAUUUUAGAAGGUUUAGAUAUUUUGAACAGAAUAAGUAAAAAAUCAAGUAAAGAAUCGAAUUUAACAUUGGCAAAACAUGACACACCUGUUGAUGGAAAUCAUAUAUUGGAGACGUUCAAUCCAUCCGAUAUUUUUGAUAAAAUACCUAGUUUCAUUUUUGAACUAUCCAUAUCUAAUUUCAAUCUAACUCUCCAGGUUUCCCCGACUGAUAGUGUUAUGUUCAAAGUUUAUGCAUCGUAUGCAUUAUUUAAUCAUCGUAAUAUCACUCAAAAAAGACCUUCAACUACGUUGAAAAUAUUUAAAAAUAUUUCAGAAUUUCCUUUAUUAGACGGUGCUACAGAACAAAUAAAUGAUUAUCUAAAAAUCAUAGGGGUCAAUGUGACUUUUAAGUCAACAGAUAGUGAUAUCACUAAAUAUUUUCCAAUUUACGAAUUUGAAAGAGCUGAUACAUUUUUUGGUAAUUGGUCUACUCCACAAAUUGAUAUUCAAAGUACUUUAAGACGUUCAAAUUUUAUUCUAAAUGAUAUCAAUGUUCUAGAUAAGUUGCAUUCUUCUAUUUUGAAGAUUUCAGAAGCGUACACGUUUAAACGGUCGGGUCAUGGUCCGUCCAGUAGUUCUGGUACUAGUUUUAUGAAGUCAUUGUAUGUUGACUGGUCAGUACGUUUAAGGAUUAAAAAUCUCACUUGUUCACUUCUGGUUGCCUCCUAUUUACCAAAGUAUUUGGAUCCAUUGGACAUAAACGGUUUUAAUUUAACUGAUGUUACUAGAGGUGUUAUAAUUAAGGUAGAUGAAUCUAUUCUGCUUGCAAGUAGGAAAAAUAAGUCAUUCGAUAUUGUACAGGCUUCUCUGGUUCGAAUAAUGGAUGAUAUUAAUCACACCAGUGUUCAAGAUGAUCUGGUAAAAUUUGAAGAUUUUUUAGUUUCAUUUGAUGAAUUUAAGAACACGUCUAUAACACUUCCAAGAAUAUUCUUAAAGGUUGAUGUCAACCUAUUUUGGUUGUCUUUUUUCUUCAAAGCAAUAUUCCGUUCAUACAAACAGAAAAAUGUAUCUCUCCGGGGUGAGUCCAAGGACCAAAACUCCAAAGAUAAUUCUAAUGAAUUGCAAUUAAAAAUAGGUCGGAUCAUUUUGGAAUUGGACUUACCACAAGACACUCCAUUAUUAUUUGUCUUCAGAGAAAUACAAUAUUCUAAAUCGAAUAAUGAGUUUUAUAUUCAAUCGAUUUCAGGUUACGUCCAUUCUGUAUAUGUUGAACAAUUAACGAUACAUAUUCCACUGUUAACCAUAAAGAAAUUAAGAAUAAAUUUGAAAGAAAAUAAAGACAUGGGUAGGUUCAAUGUUAAGACAUCGGAAAUUAAUUUGCGUACUGAAUACCAUUUCAAAAUUUACAUGAUUCUUUCAAGUAUAGUAACCACAUAUAAGUCUAUUAAACAGCUAAAUUAUUCAUUCUCAGAUUUAAGUGAAUUCAAUAGAUAUUACCCAAAAGAAUCUAAACCCGUUAAAAUUCCUGAGAUUAAUCUUGUUGCAGACAGAUUUAUGAUUCAAGUGGAAGAUGAUCCAUUUGAACAAGAAUUGGGAUUGAUAUUAAAGGUUGGUAUUUUAGAACAAAGAGAGAGAUUACAAAAAUUAAAAGAAUUUGAAGAACAGAAGCACAAUAUUCAAAAUGGCGUCGAUAAUAGUUUGUUAUCGCCUCCUCCUAGUGCAAUUAAUAAUGAUUUCAUUAAUAAUAUUACAGAUGAAUUGGAGCUUCAAAAUGAAGCUUUAGAAAGACUAUAUGAAAAUUUCUCUACUUCUUGGAUAGCAAGAUACAGAAAAGCUAAAUUGACGUUCCACGGAAUGCCUCAUCAGAUAAAGACGUAUGAAGAACUGGGUCAAACAUAUCAUCGUUUCACAGGUAAUCAAAUUAUUACUGUAGCUACUCUUACUGUAGAAAAAUUAGAUAUGACAUUGAAACCUCCAUCUUUUGAGUUAGAUAAGUAUCCAGAAUUUAUUCACAAAUAUGGUAAUGGUGUGCCAAAAACACAAUUAUAUACCGUUCUGUUAUGUUUAGGGAUAGACAUAAGAACAAUGUUAUGGCAGCUAAAGUUAAGAGAUUAUCCUAUCCCAAUUGUUACAUUUCCAGAUACCCACACUACCGGUAAUGUAGUAUUCGCGGAGAAAAUGCCUGGAAACCACUCCUUAAGAAGUACAUACGUUCCUUUUGUUCCCUCAACGGCGGCAGAAGCGUACACUGGAGGUAACUCUAUUUAUGGCUCACAUGUAAUUGGAACUGUAAAUGCGAUAAAAACUUAUUUUGAUAUUAACACCAAUGUGAUGUCCUCCAAUUCAUCUAGCAUUACGUGGGGUAAAUCUUUACAACCUGGGUAUCAGGCAUUAAUGCAAUGGUUUGAUUUCUUAACUAAACCUCAGCUUGAUCCUUCUCCAAGAUUAGGUUUUUGGGAUAAGUUUAGAUACCUUGCACAUGGUAGUUGGACGUAUCACUUUUCUGAAAAUAGCAACUUCCUUUUGAAUGUAAAAGGAUCCCAUGAUCCUUAUAAAAUUGCAGAUGACGGUGCAGGGCUUUCAUUCUGUUGGACUGGCGGUACGGUUGUCAAGAUCCAUGGAAAUGACAAGCCAGAAGAUUUCCUAGUGAUAGAAUCUAAGAAAUUUCAAUUAGCAGUCCCUGACUUCACUACGACUGAUAAGUUCGACAAAACUCUGAUGAAAUUAGACGGUAAAGUUACAUGGAAAAUGGGAAUGUUAUUUGAACAAGGUGAUUUGAAUAAUCCUGGGGAUGAAAAAAGAUUUAAACCAAAUAGGCCUCACUACGAUGUGAAUUUAAUUAAUCCAGAAUAUGUAUUUAAUAGAGAAGAGUAUGAUUCAUGGAAUGGCUUCAGAAGUGAUUUCAUUCACAUGUCUUUUGGUGUUUAUUCGUCUCACAAAGGUUCUAAAAAUAGUCUGUAUUUGGCACCAUAUUCGAUUGGACAUUUCCUAUCCUGGUGGAAUUUAUUUGAUACUUAUACUUCUGGUCCUAUCAGACAAGGCUCUUUGUUUCCACAUAUGAUACAAAAUAGGAAUAAAUUUGGCAGAUCACUAUUUACCAUUAAAUAUCAAUUAAACUUGGCGCCACUGACAGUUACCCAUGUAUAUAGGCACGCUACUGCGGAAGAUGAUAAUGGUAUUCACAGUUCAGCAACCUUCACUGGUUUGAAAGGUAAGAUUAAAUCGUUAAGAGUAGAUUUGCAUCAAAAAAGGAUUAAACUAACUCAUACAAACGAAAAGCUAAAUCGAUCUAAACCAGUUUGGAAAUUAAGAAUGUCUCUAGGGGAAAUAGAUUGUCAAGAAGCUGAUGUGAGAAUUAUAUCCACUGUUUUUGAUGAGGCGGCUAUUGAAAAAACGUUGGCUUCCAGGCUCGGGCUACGUUGUAGAGAUCAGGCGACCUCAUAUGAUAAGGUUUCUGAAGAUGUAUAUUUUUAUGACUGGUAUGAUUUCGAGGAUUAUGUUGAUUUGGAUCAAGUCAGCUUACAAUCUACUUUACCUGUUAAAAUAGAAACAAUCCCCCUCUUAUCAUCUCCAAGAAUAUCAUACUUCAGGAAGAUGAACGAUGAUGGUUACUACGUAAAGUAUCCAUUUGGUAAUGAACACUCGCACAGUUGUAUAAUUGGUAAAAAUCAUCCAGAAUUGACCCAAGAAAAGUUAGCUCGAGAAAGAGCUCUUUCAAUUACAAAACGAAUCAUGGAAUUGAAAUCUUUGAUUAGAAACAUGGAUGGAAGCCCGGAAAAGCAUAACAACGGCAAACUUUAUCAGGAAAAACUAAAAACUUAUCACAGUGAACUAGAAGAAUUAGUUGCAAGAUCAGAAAUUAUUGAUAAAAUCCUGAGUGAAUUGAAGCUUUCUGAGGACGUUCCUAUAUUGAAUCCAACGAAUAAAGAUGAUAAUAACAUGGAAGAUAUUUCUGAAUCUGAGUCAUUAAAUGAGCUAGGUUCACUGUUAAGAACGAAUACUGUAAAUUCCUUUGUUACAAUGAGACGUGCAUCUACUAUGGCAGUAAAGUCCACUUAUGACAAUAAAUUUCUGAUUCAUAAUGUGCAACUGAGAUUAAACAAGAAGAUACGUAAUCAUCUUCUUGAAUACGCAUCAAGCUCUGCUGAAAGAAAAUCGGUAUCCUUUUUUUCAACAUACAAGUCAAUCUUGAUAGCAAAAGAGCUUUUAUGCCAUUCUUUGUCAAAUGUAAAAACGUCUAUUACCGAAUAUGGACUAGUCGAAGAUACCAGUUUUGCAUCGAAUGAGGAAUUCAUAGAGAGAUUUGACGAGCUGAUAAGGAAAGUGCCAAAUGACAACUUCGACUCUAUUGAUAGCUAUCUUUUCCAAUUCAUUUCUCCUCAAAUACAAAUUACUUCAGAUGUUGAACCGGAAGCUGCAAUUUUGUUAACAGCUAGAGAUAUUGAAGUAGGCAUCAUCGAUGUUAUGCAGGUUAUGACUCAAUCGGGUAAAACUAUGGAAAUGGAUGUUAAUACAAUUGUUGAAUCGAGAUACUGUACUGUUUCCAAAGACAUUCAAUUGUUUACUCUUUUCAGGAAUGAGGCAUUAACAUUUAAUAGCUGUAGUAACUUCCGGGGUCAUGACUACGGUUUAGGGGAAGCUUCUUCUAAUUGGGCUCCGUGGGUACCAUUGGAGCUUUGUUUUGAUGGCUCUCUAAUGGAUGAAGAUAUUAUUUUAAGGCGCAGAUCUUUGUUUUUGACUUACAAUAGUCCAAAUCCUUUAUACUUCAGUGAAAACAGCAGUAAUAAUAUAUCUACAGAUUCUAAAUUUCACCUUGGAUUUCCUAGUUUGGUAGUUACCUCCACAUCACAACAAUAUAAUACAGUUUAUAAUAUUGUUGAAGAUAUGAUGUCGUUGGAUUCUUCAUUGGACGAAAAGGCAGAAAAAUUAUCCAAACUUCUAUUGGCUGACGAAGUUAGGAAUAAUUUGGAAAGGAUUGAUAUUAGUGUUGUUACGAAUCUACAGGACAAGAUUAAGGAUUUAUACCAUGCCCGUGCAUUUUUGAAAUCGUACGAACCGACGCUUUAUAAAACAGCUUCACAAGAUCUUACUUUGGAAAUCCAGGCUACUGUGUUGGAAUUGUCUGUUUUGAUGACUGCCAUUAUGAGAAAUUAUGAUAGAUUUGGUAAAGAGAAUCAUGUCAGAAAAAUUUUAAAUUGGAAAGUUGGGACUGAUGAUUUAAUAUGGGAAUUGUAUGAUGAAAAUAAAUCGCCAUUUAUUACGAUUGCCCUUGGUCCUUCUUCUUUUGUUCGUUCACAGACUGUUGAUGGUUCAAAUAGUAAUGUUGUGUCUAUUCGCUCGCUACAGGUAUUUAAUCAACAGAAAAAGGUAAUAUACCAACAGUUGGUGGCGCCAUUUGAGGAGCAUCCGAAUUAUAGUAAAGAUAUAUCUAUGUUGGAAAUAUUUUGGUUGCUAGGUGCACCUGUCGGUGGUAUUUCUGUAUUGGAAGAAAUGAUUAUUUCUUUCCAACCGGUUUUGUUUAGAAUGGACCAUAUUACAGCUGAUAAAAUCAUGAAUUACUUAUUUCCUAAAAAUUCUACUUCUAAUUCGGUAAAACCUCGUUCUAUUUCACCGCCAGCAAAUCCAAGAAAAAGCAAUUCCUCUAUGCACUCACUUUCAGCUGUGAAAUCUGGAAAUAAAAUUAUUCGUGAUUCACAAUCAAUCAGAGAGCCAAGGAGAUCUACAAGUAAUUUUAUAAGACAGACAGAUGAUAGUAUUAAUGUAAUGGUUCAAAGAUCUGGUACAUAUUUUAUCAUCAAAUCAGUUGUUAUUAAGAAAAUGCUAAUGUCCAUUUCCUAUAAAGGUGCACACGGUCUUUUAACUAAUGUGGAUGACUUAACAGUGAAAGUUCCAACUUUGCAAUUCAGUAACAGGCUCUGGUCUAGGGAUGAAUUUUUUGCUGCGGUAAAGAAAGACAUUAAUAAAGUUGUAUUGCAGCAUAUGGGAAAUAUUAUUGGGAAUAAGUUUGUACCUCAUCGAAAAGAAAAUAGAAAGAAAAUAUCCACAGAAAUUGCAAAAUUACUACAUUCUGAUUCAGAAAGUGUCAAGAGUGGAUCAGGUUCAAGCCACACUACUCCGACAGAAAAUAUACCAGUUGUGAUAUUAACUCCACAGGAACACAUGGUUAAUGCGAUUGAUAGUUAUGAUGCUGAUGGUGAAAGUAUUAAGCCAUUCUAUCCGCUUGAAAGCAGUAAAGAAAUUUAA